AUGCCUCCCCCAGUCCAAGUCGCUUACAAAAGAAUCGCCCAACCAGCUGUAGGCGAAAACGGCUACUUGGGUUUCCAGCCUGGGAAAUCCGAAGUCCUAUCAAGUGGCUGGAAUGGCUUUAGUGCAAAAGCCAUCAAGAGUGACAUCCGCAUCGACCAUGAUGUUGAGAUUGUGGUCCGCGAUGGCGCUCGACUGUACGUGGACAUAUAUCGACCAGCCAACACAACGGACAAAGUACCUGCCGUUCUUAGUUGGUCAUUCUAUGGGAAGAAGUACAGUGCGCUAGAUAUGCUGCCAAUGUGUGUGUGGAAAUGUUGCGUUCCAAAUUCAGAUCUCAGUGGUCUCGAAAAGUUUGAAGGGCUCGAUCCACAGGCGUGGUGUCCCCGUGGUUAUGCUGUCGUCAGCGUGGAUACACGGGGCGCCGGCCACAGUGACGGUCAAAUAUGUGUUAUGGGCACACAAGAUGCUGAAGAUGGGUAUGACGUGGUUGAAUCCAUUGCGCGCAUGGAUUGGUGUAAUGGAAGUGUGGGCAUGGCUGGUAACUCUGCUCUCGCCAUCUCGCAGUGGUUCAUUGCCGCGCAGCAACCUCCAUCGCUGAAAGCCAUUGCGCCUUGGGAAGGAUCUGGAGAUAUCUAUCGCGAACAAUUCUGUCGGGGUGGCUGGUUCUCAAUGAGUAAUUUCGAUCUCAUCGCCAAAGCUAUCGUACGUGGACCAGAAAACUCAGGUCUUGAAGACUUCGAAGAGAUGUACCGACGAUCACCGGUCUCCAACGCCUAUUGGGAAGACAAACGUGCAGAUAUCUCUCGAGUCAAAUGUCCAGUGUUUAUCCGCGGAUCAGACGUCAGUUCUAUUCACACCAUGGGCUCGAUCCGCGGCUAUCUCGAGGUACCUCACGCCGAUAAAUGGAUCCAAUGGGGCAGCAAGCAAGAGUGGUACGAGCUGUACAGUGUGCCAGAAUCGAUGGAAGAGUUGGCUCUGUUCUUUGAUCGAUACCUGAGGGGCGAGAACAACGAUUGGGAAAAGACACCCAAAGUACGCUGGUCCGCCUUGCAAUUUGGGGAUCGUGAAGCCAUCGAUGACAUUGUGCUCGAGGACUUCCCAGCUCCUACGACCGAAUAUCGCCAGCUUUUCCUCAAUCAAUCAAACGGACUCGGCACAUCUCCAUUUGCCGAUUAUCAGCAAAUAUCAUAUAAUUCCGAGGACCGCACCAGCGUGGCUGAAUUCAACUAUACCUUUGAGAAACCGGUUCGACUGAUCGGGUUGCCAAAAGCUAUCCUGUAUAUGUCUUGCGAGAACCAAGAUGAUUUUACCGUAUUUGUGAUAUUGCGAAAGAAAGACCGGAACGGCAAAAACUUGAUGCAUUUGAAUUUCCCCUUCCAUGCCACCCCAGUGAAAUCCAUUGAUGAUAUCUCAAGCAACGAGCAAGCAAGUCUGAAUCUUCACCUGGGCUCUGUCGGAAUAUUGCGAGCGUCACAUCGUGAAAUCGAUGAAUCCAAGAGCAUCCAUCCGCAAUUCCCCUUCCAUCCCCACAGGCGUCAAGAUAAGAUCCCUCCCGGUACUAUUGUGAAGUUGGAAAUCGGCAUCUGGGCCAUGGGAGUUGAUUUUGAAGCUGGUGAAUCUAUCAGUGUCCAGAUCGGUGGUCAAUAUCCUAGCAUAGCUGAGUAUCAGAGCUUCUCUAAGCCCAGACCAGAGGAAGAGCUGAACCGGGGAAAGCAUACGAUUCAUUGUGGUGGAGAUUAUGCCAGCUCAGUGAUCUUGCCUUUCAUUUAAUCAGCUAUCAUCAGGAUAAGGAAGUAUAAUUGGAGAAUGGACAGGACAUUGAUGGGUUGAGAAGGUGAUGGUGGCAGAUGGGUCGAAUUGGAUGGACAUUCGCCUGACUUGAGGAAAUAGCAGGACAGAACCCAAUCAAUACUCGGUUUUCAACCACAAGUGAUUAAAUUCUGUCGGUUUUGAAUUGGAUCGACUUAGACAGCCAUUCUUCGGUCUAUAUAAUCGUACACAGUCAUCAUUGCACAGAGGCUUCAUCAAACAAUUCUUCUCUAUUUGAAAAUCUCUUGAUCUUUCUGUGCUUUAUUUCGAAGACUUUCUUGAUCACUACCAUAUUUCUCUCGAUGAAUGAUGGCUCGAGAUAGACAAUGGCUCUGUAAAGGUCAA